UUAAAUUGCUUUUCAUUUCCGCGCUGUGACAGUCCUGAGAUUGGGGGAUUUAUGCGUUGUUGUUUUUUUGUUUUUUUUUUCCAAUCCACGAGUGAUUCCAGCUGUCAUACGAUGGUAAUUGUUUCAUAAUGUGUUCGUCGCUGUAGGGGGAUGCGCUGGUUUGUACCAACCAAGAUCAAGUUCCACUAGUUGAAACGUCGGUGGUGGUGGUGGUGGAGGAAGAUGAAGCUCGUGCAAUAAACAUGGGAUUUCUCAUGCCGAGUGAAGGACUGGAGGAAAAGGGUCGGAUUCUGGAGGAGCAGACGCAACUGAUCUCCGGUCGAUUUGGACGCUCCUGCAUUUGAAAUUUGAAAAAAAAAAAAAAAAAAAAGGAGAGAGACCUUGGGCAAGAUCUAUACAUAAACUGGUACACGCCGCACCACUGGCAGCGAGCAGACAAGGGGGAUUCGUGCCUCUCUCUUCCCUCCUGCUUCGCCCAGUGCGCAUGGAUGAAAGUCACAGUUAAAAUGCAUGCGGCAAGUCCUGUCUGAUGUGGGAUUACGGAGUUUUUAUUCGCCCCCUUUUCUCCACCAUGUUCGAACUUUGGUUCUGGCUCUUUUUCCGAGAUGAUGCUGCUAAAAUCGCUCGCUGCUGCUGCUGCUGCUGCUGCUGGAAGAACACAGGACCCAGCUUUGCCGCGCUGGCUGGCACGUUAUUGGCCUGAAUGAGACUGUGUGUGUGUGCUCUCCGAUCGCCUGGUUUAUGGAGCUAAGCACCGAGGAGACUUGACUUUUAAGGAUUUUUUUUUUGUUUGUUUUCUUGUUUUGCUUCUUUUUUUUUUUUUUUUGUGUCGACAGCCGACGGAAGGGCGGGCGGUGAAAAUCCAUGUUUCCUCUGAGCUCGGAGGAGAAAGAAGGCGCACAGUCGUGAUUUUCGGGAUGCUUUGGCGUUUACCGGGAUCAGAACGAUGACACCUCAUACUGGCACCGUCGCGCUUGAGUGAGCUGGGGCAUCCUCUCCCAGGAAACAUGCAUAUCUGGAUCCUAAAAAUAAUCCUUCUGAUUGCAUCAUCUCUGGGGCUGGUCGAGAUGUAUGACAAUUAUGGGGAGAUCUGCCGGAGCCUGUGUACGUGCGAGGAGAAGGAAGGGAUCCUGACGGUGAGCUGCGAGAACAGGGGGAUCAUCCGACUGACGGAGGUCAGCCCGGUGCACUUCUCCAUGUACCACCUCCUGCUGACGGGGAACCUCCUGAAGAAGCUGUCAGUCAAUGAUUUCAUCAACUACACCGGGGUGACCAUCCUGCACUUGGGGAACAAUGACAUCUCAGAGGUCGAGUCAGGUGCCUUCAACGGACUCCAGGGAUUAAAACGGUUGCACCUGAACAACAACAAGAUCGAAGUUCUAAGGGAUGACACGUUUGCAGGACUGGAGAGUUUGGAAUAUCUACAGAUUGAUUAUAAUUACAUCACCAAUAUAGAGCCCAAUGCUUUGAGCAAGCUACACCACUUGACAGUGAUGAUUUUGAAUGACAACCUGCUCUCGGUCCUGCCCCCCAACAUCUUCCGGAAUGUUCCCCUUACGCACUUGGACCUGAGGGGGAACAGGUUAAAAAUGUUCCCCUACAUCGGCCUCCUGGAGCAUAUGGACAAAGUUGUGGAAUUACAGCUGGAGGAGAACCCUUGGAAUUGCUCGUGCGAGCUCAUCGCUCUGAAGGCCUGGCUGGAGAGCAUAGCUUACACGGCCCUGGUGGGGGAAGUCGUGUGCGAGACGCCGUUCAGGCUCCACGGUAGGGACCUGGACGAGGUGUCCAAACAGGAACUCUGCCCGAGAAGACCCCUGGAAGAUACAGUCAGGCCUGCGCCCCCGAGCAGCACCAAUGGAUAUUACCAGACCACACCUGCUGCUGUAACAGCCUCCGCAACCUCCUCGGCUGUUUUCAGGUCCUCCUCUAGGCCUACCAAGGGCACAAGGCAAUUCAACAGAACUCGGUUAAAGCCCACUUCCCGAAUACCAGGUGGCAACCCUUACAAUUAUGGCCCGAUUAUUGCUUUUCAGACCAAAUCUCCUGUGCCUUUGGACUGCCCCACUGCCUGCACUUGUAACCUGCAGAUAUCUGAAAUUGGGCUUAAUGUCAACUGUCAAGAGAGGAAGAUUGAAAGCAUCUCUGAUCUAAAACCCAAGCCAUACAAUCCGAAAAAGAUGUAUCUCACUGGAAAUUACAUCCCCGUGGUGCGGAGAUCAGAUUUUGUUGAUGCCAUCGGAUUGGAUUUGCUUCACUUGGGGAACAACAGGAUAAGUCUCAUCCACGACCGGGCAUUUGGGGAUUUAACCAACCUGCGUAGGCUGUAUUUAAACGGUAAUCUCAUGGACAGGCUUACAGGGGAGAUGUUUUUUGGUUUGCAGAACCUGCAGUAUCUUUAUUUAGAAUACAACAAAAUCAAGGAGGUCGACGCGGGCACUUUCCGCUACCUCCCUAAUCUCCAGCUGCUUUUCCUCAACAACAACCUCCUGAAAACCUUACCCGUGGGCAUCUUUUCCAGCCUCUCCCUGUCCCGGCUCAACCUGCGCAACAACCAUUUCCAAAACCUGCCCGUGAGCGGCGUUUUGGAUCAGCUGAAGCUGCUGGUGCAGAUUGACUUGUUCGAGAACCCCUGGGACUGCUCUUGCGACAUCGUCGGGAUGAAGAUAUGGCUGGAGCAGCUCAGCGCGGGGACCGUGGUGAACGAGGUCGUGUGCGAGACGCCCAGGCGCCACACGGGUAUGGACGUUCGCUCGAUCCAGUCGGAGCUGCUCUGCCCGGACUACUCUGACACUUACGCCUCGCCGACUCCCCCGACAGAAGAGCCGAUGGACGACCGGGUCGUCACCACGAACGCCCCGCAGAAGUUCGACACCCCCAGUAGCACCGUCCCGCUCUCUGUCCUCAUCCUCAGCCUCUUGCUCGUCUUCAUCAUGUCCGUCUUUGUGGCAGCCGGGCUGUUCGUCGUGGUCAUGAAAAAGCGUAAAAAGUCCCAAAGUGACCGCACCAGCACCAACAAUUCAGACGUCAGCUCUUUCAACCUGCAGUACAGCCUCUACAGCAACAGAUCGUGCCCUAAGGUGAAGGCCCCGGUCGGCCACGUCUAUGAGUACAUCCCCCACCCCAUGGGUCACAUGUGCAAAAACCCCAUUUACAGGUCACGGGAAGGGAACACAGUUGAGGAUUACCGUGACCUCCAUGAGCUCAAGGUCACCUACAGGAGUACCCCGGAUGAUGACAGGGAUAGCAGUACUAUGAGGAGUCCUGCAUACAGUGUAAGCACCAUCGAACCACGUGAAAACCCCUCCCCCGUUCAGGAUGCAGACCAUUUCUUCAGAGGCAUCCUCGAGCCGGAUAAGCAGCCCCCUCAUCCGUCCAUGGCAUCCAUUCCAGCAGGUGCCAAUUUAGAGUACAAGUACACAGGGCCUGUGGCGUACACGUACAACCCCAAUUUUGAUGUGAGACGUCAGUUCUUGCACCCGGAGAGGAUAAGAGAAACAGUGCUCUACGGCACAGCACCCAGUACUGUUUACGUGGAGCCCAACAGGAAUGAGUAUUUGGAGCUAAAAGCUAAACUCCAGUCUGAGCCCGAUUACCUCGAAGUUCUUGAGAAACAGACCACCUUUAGCCAGUUCUGAGCAACAGAAUCAUUGACGUAAAGAAAAAGCAUUUUCUCUCUUGACCCUCCUUGGAAGGAAAAAAAAAAAAGGCCUGGCUCAGUUUUUUUUUUUUUUUUAAAGGGUGCCUUGGCACAACACAAACUAGCAAAUGUGACGGAGUUUGAAAACGGGGUGUGCCGAACAAUCUUUAUUCUUAUUUCUGAAACAUGACAUUACAGGAAUGGAUACAGCUUUCUUGAAAACAUUGGAUGAACAAAAUUGCUCUACUUAACUGAUGAUGCAAAAUCUAUUUUUCUAUGGUGAAGAUCGAAUAACACACAAAAUGUAAGUGUACAGGUAAAAAUCUUGCCCAACUUAUCAUUUUCAGGAAUAUAACCAUACAUAAGGUAUAUUGUGAAUCAGAAAAAGAAAUGUUUAUAAGAAUCACUCCUGGACAAAAAAAACACUGUACAGCAGAUCAUCCAAACUGUGUCGGACUAUUUUCUGCUGUAGUCUGUAAGUAAGUAUUUAUUGAUAUAAUCUGCCAUGUCUUUUCAAAAACUUUUGAUUCUACAUCAAUAUUACCUGUGUCAUCAUACUCCAUGAAUCCUCCUGGGAAAAAAAAGGCUUAUGUUUGUAGUUUCAUUUACCGUAGCUCUGCAUUGUAAAAGUGGCUUUUUUUGAGAGUGGCACACCCCCUUCCCCAAUCCCCCCCCUCCCCCCAAAAUUUCCAACAACAACAAAAAAAGACUGCGUCAUUUGAAGAAGAUGAUGGAGGAUAAAAAAAGUGUCUUUGUAUGCUUUCUGCACUUUUUUGGAAAAUUGGAAGGCGAUGUUAGCCUUCGAUGAGCUCUCAUAAAGGAGAUUAUUAUAUUAAAAAUGAAUAUGGGUAUUCAUUCUUAAUAUGUAGAAUUGAUGUGUUAUCAAACCAAGUCCAGAAGUAUGAAUUAUGUUGUGUAAUACUGAUAUUUUAAUCAAUGUAACACCUAUUUUUAUACAAGCAUUCGCAGAUUCUCUAUCCCUUAUUCGAUUUCAUUUGUUUCGAUUGCUUUGCACUUAUUGCACUAUAUUGACCAAACUAUGUUAUUGUCAUCAAAUAAACAUGAUGUCAGGUUCAUAUAAUGUGCUUAUGAGGAAGGUUGGUUGGAAAUUAAGUGAAGGGGGUUUGGCCCCUGGUGACCCCAAUUGGGAAAAGUGGUAUAGAUAAUGAAUGGACCAAUGGUUUGGUCCAGUAUCUGAUUUCAGACACCAAACAGGAAGUCGUAGGUAUCUUUGGAUCUUUUAUGCUUGAAAUAGGAGUUCCAUGUUUAAAAAAGUAAUGCUUCUUUCUAAUCAAAUGAUAAUAAUUUUCUAUGUUGUGGGCUGGCAGAAGAUGAAGAUACAGUAUACAUGCCUCACUCAAAGGGCCAGCGAGUGUCUCAGUGAGGAUUACAAUCAAUGGGUUUCAAUCAAUGAGCAUUAUCUGAGGCUGUCCCUCUGCAAUUAUUCCAAUGCAACCACAUAUGCUGCCUGGCAAGCAACUACUUGGUCAUUUAUAUAAACAUCAUUACAGUCGACUUGCAAUUAAAUGCUUUUUUAGCAAUAUGACAGAGUCGAUGGGUUUGAACUUUGACAGUGAUUAAGACCUACAGCUUCUGGACUCACCAUCAGGUGUCUUUGCCAUUUCUAAUUAUGUCACUUUUAAUUGGGGUUGGUCCAAGUGGAGCUCUUUCUUAACUUUAAAAAAAUACAUAUCAUGGAAGAAAAAUGAACAAUCUGCUUGUUUUUUUCCCUUUCUUUUAAGCUUUUGUUGGGAAUUUCCAUUCCUACUGAAGCCCUGAGAGUAUUUGCGCCCAUAUGUUUAAUCGUACACCAUUUUACGAUGACAACGAGUACGUUACAGUUUUUGUUUUUUUGGAGAUCUUAUCUCAGUAAGCUCGUUACCUCAGGACAGCCAUGUUGGUUUUUCCUGCUAAAAGAUGUUAAUUCAGGCGUUUCUUCAGGAUUCAACGACAUUAUGUAGUUAUCAUGGGAAAACCAGCAUUGUUAUCUGAACGUAAUGGAUCAAACCUUCAUUUAUCAUCAAAAGGACAUUGAGGAGUCUCUCAUUUCCAACGCUGUCAAGGUUACACACCACAUACAAUCAAUUACAAAGCCAAUAGAAACCAAUUCAAACACCUACAAUUAGAAACAAAGAGGCUAGAAAUCAAAAUCCUGAACUAUUCAGCUUAGAGUUUGCUGGAGGGCGUUCCAUGAGUUUGGAGUAUCAAAUGCAGAUUUACCCAAGUCGCUGGAAUAAGUCGAGAUCUCAUGUAAAGUUUGGUUCUUUCUUCAAACUCUAUUAACUCAUUAUCUUGGAAUAACGAAGCUGGUUUUCCCAUGUUCAUGGGUAUAUCUCAGUCAGAAAAUAAAUCCUUAUCACUGGAUACCAGCAUUAUCAUUAUUACUAUUAUUAUUAUUAUUAUUAUUAGUAGUAGUAGUAGUUUUUUUCCCUCAAGAUCUUGGCUAAAUGCUGCUGGUUGUCCUUUGAAAACCAGUUAAUUUCAGUCUUGUUAUUGGGAUCUACAUUCCCAUCACAUGAUUUAAAAUUCAGAAUGUUUCUCAAUAUCCUAUGAAAACUGUUUGUUAUCACUGGAAAACCGAUAUUGUUAUAGCGAGGAUGAGAUUAGUCAAGAUUUUGAGUGAAUUUUGAUGGUUAUUUUUCCAAGAUUUCGACUUCAAUCUUAUUAUCUAGGGAUAAGAAUGCUAGUUUUCCCAUGAGAACCAGUUCAUUUCAGUUUUUUUCUCAAGAUUUGGAGAAUAAGCUCAUCAUGAGGAAAACCAGUGUCAGCCUGAGAUAAGGGGAGAUCUCGAGUAAAAUUUAGAUUGUUUUCAUGAGAUCUCGACUUGUUAUCUUGUGGAUGUCGAGUUGCAAUGUGUGACUUUCAGUAUGGUUUAUGCCAAUACCUAUCCCAGCGUUGUUCUCCAGAGAUAAAGAAAUAAAGACCUCAAAAUCUCUAAAAAAAACAACCAGAGACAAAAUAAUUAAAAUGAUCCACAUGGAUGUAUGUCCACUUCAGGCUACAUACAUCCCUUUUUCCAGGCAGGACUAAUGUCAAUGUGUCUUUUAAGUCUAUUCUUUCUGGUUUCUUUGUUUUGAAAAGGAAGAAAAAAAAUUGGGGGUCUUUUGGAAUGUAUCACAAAUGCUGGCUGGAGGGGGGGGGGCGUGUCUCUGUCUGUUUGAUUGACAGCAGCUGGCAGCCCGCUGGAGUGAUUUGUGUUCCACCGUAGGGAGGACAGAGACGGAGUAAACAAACUUGCAGCCCCGCUGUCUGCACGUCACAAUCCGCAUGCUUGAAAAGGAAGCCUCGCCGACAUUUCACUGGAUUGAUGUGAAAUUUGCAGCUUUUGCAACAUUUGCCUGCGAUUUACUGCAGAGCCAAGCUGGUAGAGCUUCUCUCUUCUUUGUGAAUGUGUUUUUUUCUUGCUCACACUAGAGGCGAAGGUGCAAGAUCAUGACGUCCAGACUCUCUCUCUUUGUGUUGUGUAGCAUCUACUGCUGUCUGGUUCAUUUUAAUGUACUGAAACAAAUCCUUUUGAUUAUCUAGAUCGGGUGGUAUUUCGCCAAAUGGAUGCAAAAACUAAGGGUUUGAAAAUGGAAACUAAAAAAUCUAACAUGUACAUUUCCUCUUUUUUU